AUGAUGCGCUUGGCUCGUGUACUCUUGGCGUCGAAGCCAAACGUCUACACCACGUUCAGCAGAGCUGUCUUCCCUGUCAUUAAGGGUGCUCCGCCUCAAAGGAGCAAGAUUGUCGGCGCCUUGUGGAGGACGGCGAAAGAUGCCGGCUGCGGUAAGCACCCCGAAAAGGCCGUUAAACUCUACUUUAAGAACGGGCUGCCUCUGAAGGGCAAGUCGCGGGUUUCGAUAAAGACGAUGACCAAGCGGUUGAAGCUUGUCAAGAAACAGGAACAGCAGAGAAUGAGGGAAAUCAAGAAGGAGAAGAUGCUCAAGUUGGCUGCACUCAGGAAGAAGAAGUCGAUGAAGAGGAUGAAGGCACUCAAGAAGAAGGCAAACAAGAAGAAGUCCACCACCACCGCCGCCGCUGCAAAGAAGAAGAAGACAUGCAGGGCUUCGAAGAGCAAGCGGCGUGUGAAGGUGUUGAAGUCCAGCUGGACGAAGGUGGCUGAAAAAAAGCCUAUCCUUGAGGGCGCGAUUCCUCUGCCGUGA